ACAUAUAUAACAAAUCCUCAUUCCAAGAUAACGCAGUCACGCGUUGCUUGAUAAACAGACAAUUGUCCUUCUUCGUAGACUCGUCAUGCCCACUCGAAGUGCCUCGUGGUUACUGGGCCUGGUUCCUGUGAUUUUUUUCGCCGUCCAAGUUUCUGGAGAGUGCUGGAUCCCCGGUCGGUGCCAGGGCGUUCUGACAAAUAUUAUCCACUCAGAAAGCAAAGAAAACUGUUUGGAAACUUGUCAAACUGAUUCUGAGUGCAAUUGGUUCACUUUUGACACGUCAGAUGGAACUUGUUAUCAUUUCAACUCAUGUCCAACCGUUGACGACUCAUGUUUCACUUGCGUAUCUGGUGAAUCCUCUUGUGAAAAUGAAGGCAAUACCAAGUUUCUAGUCGUUUCUGGAGAUGAUUACAACAACGACACGGAAAUUCUAGAACUCUCCUCUUGGCCCAGUGGAACGUGUUCCAAACCAGAUGAUUUAAUUGCAAACAGAUAUGGUGGUUUUCUCAUGACAGAUUCCACUCAAUCCCCUUUGUUUUGUGGGGGGCGCUUUGAUCAGGACUAUUUUCAGGAUUGCCAACAAUUCUCUUACGGUACAAACCAAUGGUCAACAACCACUACUUCUAUGGCCGAAAAGCGUUGGUUGGCAAAGUCAUUGGAACUUUCUUCUGAUCAGUGGUGGAUUACGGGUGGAUUCAACGGGGAAUCCAAGUUAAACUCUACAGAAGUCUUUAAAAACGGUCAAUUUAGUCCUGGCCCCCAACUCCCAGAGGCUGCCUACGACCACUGCAUUGUGGCAACUCAAAACGGAAAUGCUAUUCUAACUGGAGGGGAUACGGAAAACGCGUUUGCCUCCAACAGAACGUGGAAGCAUGAUUGGACUACGGGGGAAUGGAGCCCGUUGCCGGAUCUGGCAAUCGCUAGGACUGCCCAUGCUUGUGGUCUGACACCCGAGGGACGAGUGUUUGUGGCUGGAGGAGAUUGGAUGGGUGGGGGAGAUCUGCUUUCCACGGAAAUUUUGACGCCAGAUAUGUCUGCUUGGGAACCAGGACCAGAUCUACCAUUUGGCGUUAUGAGAGGUGCAUCGGUACAGUUUCAAAAUCAAGCAUUGAUUGUGGGCGGUUAUUGGGACGGCGAGGCCGGGAAUGGCGUGAUGGCUUUUGAUGGAAUUAUGUGGGUUGUGAAGAACCAAACAUUGGCAAUUAAUCGACAGUGGCACUCUGCAAUAGUAAUUCCUAAUGAAUUGGUACAGAAUUGUGGUUAGGAGAUCGCCAUAACGUAACAGUUGUUUAUUAUAAAACUUGAGUUUGUCCUUA